AUGACGGUUCCUAGGGAGACCAUGACAUCUCUACAUUCCACUCCCCCUGGGGGAGGGGACCACAUCAAGGAGAUGCCUGAGUCACUGCUCCAUGAUGGGGGAGGGUGGUGCAGGGCUGGGACCCAGGUCCUUGGAGACGCCAGCCCAAAGAGCACAACCAAGGCUAAUUUCAUCUUGCGAAUUUCUUCUGACAUCGCCAUGGGUCGGUGGGACUUCCUAGCUGAGCUGGGGAAGCUGACAGUCUGGAUUCAUCAGGGGCAGCAUGUAGUGUGCUCCAACAGGGCCCCCGAGCAGGAUUGGAGGCGGUCGGAGAAGGACCAGUGGGAGCGGCUGGCAGAGAGCAGGUGGCAGCGGGCCGAGCUGUGCGGUUGUCUGCGGGCAGCGCUGGAGUCCCUGUCAGAGCAAAUCCAGGUGCUGCAGAGGAGGGAGAGCAAGCUGGGACUCGGCUGGGCCCUGAAGCAGAAACAGGCGGUGUGCUCCCUGGCCCACCUGGAGGCGGAGAGAACCCAGGGACAGGCGGAGUGGAGGAGGCCAAACCAGGACAUAGAAGACAAUCCACUCCAGGUGCAGGAGGCACCAGUGCCCCUCAGGAAAGAGCUAGAGGCACAGGACUCACAUCCCAGGCUUCGUGAGGAGAUGGCGCAGCACUGGAAGGCACCCUGGCACCAGGUGGCAGUUGCCCUGAAAUUUCAAGAGGAGGAACUGCAGAGACUCCAGAGGCAGAGUGGGACCUGGCCUCCCCAGACCGGGAGCAGGAGAGGAUAUAUCCCCAGGGCCUGA